CGUCAUGGGCCCAUCUGGCAGCGGCAAAUCAUCCUGGAUCAAGUCUGAAAGUCGGAACUGGGUUAAGGAGCUGUACUGCGCCAGUAACUCCUACAGCACCCUUCUUUAUCGGAGGUCGACAGGUUGUUCUACUGGACACACCUGGGUUUGAUGAUACAAAUAAGUCGGAUAUCGACGUCUUGGAAGAAAUUGCAGGUUACAUGUCUCAAACGUAUAAUCUCUGUGGUGAAGAGGCUCUCACGUCCGUCGUUGUGGUCACAAACCUGUGGGGAUUACUACCCAAUCAGGAACUAGGGGAGGCCCGCGAACUAGAGCUAAAGACGAGCCCGGAGUUCUUUGAACCUCUAAUCCAGCAAGGUGCAAGGUUUGUGAGACAUACAGACACCGUAGAAUCUGCGCAUAAUAUUGUGCUGUCGUUACUUAGCGAGAGGCAGGGGAAAGAGAGGCUGACCAUCCAGACGGAGAUGGUGGACGAUCGUCUCAUCUUAGAGGAGACUA